AUGGGGAAAAAGAUGCAGAAAUUACACACACACACUAAAACACAUGCCAUCGGCGGCCGGCUGGGGCCCGGCGAGCGGCGGCGCCUGGCCCGGCUCUGCGGGGAGUUCGUCCGCCGCUGCUGCGGCCCGGCCGCCGCUCCCCGCCCGCGGGUGCUGCGGCUCAUUGGGAGCCGCUUCGCCGAGCUGCACGCCGCCGUGCCCGGCCUCCCCCUGGCCAGCUCCAGGGUCCUGCCCGGGCUCGUCCUCCGCAGGGACUUCGCGGCGUACUGCCCGGCCGUGGGGGACCUGCGGAUCGUGCUGGUCACCGAGCCCCUCCGGCCCCCCCUCCUGGCCCCCGGCGUGGAGCUGGUUGUUGGCUCCGAGGGUCAGCAUCAGGCCGCCUUGCGCUGGAUCUCCAGGAGGACGGAAGCCCUGAUGAAACACCUGCAGAGCAACAACGUUAAGCUGCUACUGUCGAGCGUGAAGCAAGAGGAAGUAGUUAUCUGCUGCGCGAAAUUGUACGGUGUGUCUGUGGUAGAGUGCUUAUCGUCGGAAGAAAUUGCCCUUAUCUGUGAAAUCACAGGAGUCUCACCUUAUGAACCCUUUGGUGAUAACAUACACAGAGAAAUCACUGAAACAGCAGCAGCAACGUUCUGCCAGCCCUUGCUGCUGGGCUCAAAGAGAUGCGUUCACAUUGGCUUCACCAGCGUGUGUGCCUUCCAGCCCCAUUGCCUCAUUCUGUGUGGGCCGGUCGAUGGUGUUAAUGAGCAACAUGCUGCUGCUUUGCAAGGGGCCUUCACCAUGCUGCAGCAGCUGUUCAAAAGAGUUGAUCUGAGGGAGGAAUGUAAAGCAGAAGGUGAAAGCCAUAAUGAAGCCACAGACGUUUUCUGCUGGCAUUCUUCAACUACUCAGAAACAAUUUCCAACAGAACAUAUUUCUUGUAACAGUAAUCAGAUUUCUGAACUGCAGCUGAAAGCACACAGGGAUGAAAGAGAGACACAAAUUGCAGACCCUGACUUGCAGGGAAGUGACAGUCCAGCGUGUCUGCAGACAAACUUGCAUAUCCCCUCAAAUCCCAUCUUGCACAUUAAAGAAUUCAGUGUUUCCACUGAAGGAGAUGGGCCUUCAAGAGAUGUACAGGAACCGUGUAUAAAAUGCCAGCAUCUGGGUGACUUGCAUGAGAGCCAUAAAAGUGAUUCACUGGUGAACAAUCAAAACAACAGCACUGCUGCAUCAGCAGCAGAUAAUGCUAAUGUAAUCACUGCAUGGGAACGCCUAGGUGUUGGCCAAGAUGUAGAGAAAACAAGUUGCGAUACAGUUCCAUUUAAACAUGGAAAGAGUUGUGCCAAGAGAUCUAACGUGCUUCUUUCCUCUCGGAAGAAUAAAAAGUCUGCCAAGCUGAGAUGUGUGGAAAACUUGGUUGUGAGCAGCACAAACUUGGGAGUUUCAAACGCGAGAAAGUGUAGCUGAUUUCCACCUUAGAAGAUCUGCAGUGCCUUCUCCACCUACGUGCAGAGGAUCCUGUGUUUGUUCUAGCCAAGGGUCAGCUUGGCCUUUUGUGGAGGUUUGAGUAUUUAUGCAAGUGAGAUGUCAUUAGGUUUCCUGGCAUGUUAAAAGUUGCCAGUGUGACAUCAACCACUGAACUUGCAAGGAGGUUUUUUAGCCUUCAUAUUAGGCUGGAUUGAAUGUUAUUUUAAAUAAAAAUAUAUUUUUCAUA